AUGUUACUAUCAUUUGUAAUAGUAUUCAUCAUUAAAUAUUCUAAUGGAAGUUAUCAAUUUAAUUCAGAACUUGAAUUUAUAUUUGAAUCUAAUCAAACUAUUCCUUAUGACACUCAAUGUCCUGAAAAUUUAAAAUACAUAUCUACAACUGAUUGUUCAAGAAGUAACUCAUUUCUUUUUAAUCCAUUUUAUAAAACAAUUGAAAUACUAAAUGAUACUAUCUGUGAAUAUGUAAAUAUAACACUUCAAUAUGGUUCUAAUCUUGACUUAUAUUCACCUCCUUCAUUUCUUCAAAUUAAAAUCAAUAACAACCAAAAACAAUCAACUCUAAAUACCCAGCCUUGGGGAACAUUAGGAAAUUGUGUUAAAACUCUUAUCUUUACAAUGAAAGGAAAUAGUGUUAUUAAUGGAUUAAACUCAAUUCAAUUGAUUGAAUUAAAUAAUAUAUUAUGUAUCCAUCUCUUUAAAGUUACAUUUCAUUUUAAAACAACACUCCCAGAAAUUAUUUCUUUAUUUCCGUCUUCUGCACCAAUUACUGGUGGUAGUUUAAUUAAAAUAACAACACAAUCAAAUGUUGAGUCUUCAAGAAAAUUCUCAUGUUAUUUUGAUAUUAUUGAAGUACCAUUCCAACAUAUUGAUGACACUCAUGGGUGUUGUAUUCUUCCUAAUAUUACAACAUUAAAUAAUUGGAUUAAUAUUAAUGUUAUUUUGGAAAGACCAGGAUUAAAUCUCAGUGUUACUAAUUCUUUUGUAAAAUUCAGUUUUUAUAAUAUCACACUGACUUCAGCUGAAUUAAUAACAUUUACUCAGUCCCAAGUUAUUUUAGUUAAAGGAAAUGGAUUUUUAUCAACAAAUAAUGCUAAGUGUAAAAUUAAAAAAAACCAAGAGGAGUUUAUUGUAAAUGCUCUCUAUGAAGAAGAAACUAAACUUUUCUGUGAUGUUGAUAACAUUGUAUCUAAACUUUUUAAUUCAACAAUAAAUUUGGGUAUUAUUCUUAAUGGUCAAGAUGAAUCUCCACAACAUCUUUCAUUUUUUAUUCCAAUAGAAUAUCCUUCUAAUACUUCAUUAACACACCGAUUGAUUAUUGUUGUAACUUCUACACUAAUUAUUGGAAUAUUUGUCUUGGUACUGAUAUUUGUUAUUCUUUGUAUUAUUAAAACUAAGAAAAAAAAUAUAUCCCUAACUGAAGAUUUUAUUAAUCCAAAUGAAGUUGUUUGUGAUAUCAUUCUUGGAAAAGGAACUUUUGGAAAUGUAUGGAGAGCAACAUGGAGAGGUCAAAGUGUUGCUGUUAAAUUGAUUCCAACAAGAAUGGUUAUAGAUAAUACUAUUCUUCAAUUUACAAAAGAAGUUCAAUUAAUGAAACACCUAAGACAUCCUUGUGUUCUUCAACUCUUUGGAAGUGGAACAGAUAUGAAUUAUAUUUUAAUUGUUAUGGAAUUAAUGGAAAGAGGAUCGGUAAGAAGUAUUUUAGCUGAUAAAAGUAUUUAUCUUACAUGGAAAAGAAGAUUAAAAAUGCUCCAUGACGCAGCAAGUGGAAUGUAUUAUCUUCAUAGUAAAAUACCACCAAUUAUUCAUAGAGACCUUAAGUCAAGUAAUUUAUUAGUAGAUUCUUUAUGGAGAGUUAAGGUAAGUGACUUUGGAUUGUCAAUAUCACUUAAUAAUAAUGAAACAAUUAAAACAACAGUUUGUGGUACUCUUUCUUGGAUUGCUCCAGAGAUUUUAGCAAGAAAACCUUAUUGUCAAAAAGUAGAUGUUUAUUCUUUUGGAAUUAUAAUGUGGGAAUUUCUUACUCGAGACAUUCCUUAUAAAAAUAUACCUUUAAAAAGUAUCUCUGAUUAUGUUGUUAAUGCUCAUCUACGUCCAAAAAUUCCAGAAAACGUUGAUUUAAUGUAUUCAAGUUUGAUGGCAAGAUGUUGGAAUGAACAACCAUCAAAUAGACCUGAUUUUAAAGAAGUGGUUAAUGUUUUAGCUUCAUUUAUUACAUCAAACCAAGAAAUUGCUCUAAUAAAUUAA